AUGAACUGCUCAUCUGAAGCGCACGAUCACUCGCACGGCGGCGGAGGUCACAGCCAUGGCCACGGAGACCACAAUCACGAGGGGCACGACCACGACAUCCCCCUCGGGUCUGGUCCGCAAGAUUCGCUGUUCUCACAUAUCGACGUCCCGAAUGUCGUUGCGCUCAACGCUGUUGGCGGUGGAGAGGCGGGACAGAAGGUCAUCAAGAGCUGGGAAGAACGGGAAGAUCUCACUCGCUUCUGCGAGUCAGAUACAGAUGAUUCUAUGAUCGUCAAGAUCCCCUUCACGGCGUCGGUCUCUAUACGGUCUAUCACUGUCAAAGCUGGUCCAUCCGGCCAGACACCUCGAGAGAUGCACCUUUAUCGUGACUCGCCGGGAAUGGACUUUGGCGAUACCGAUCGAGCGGCCACGCAGGUGCUCGAGAUGGUAGAGGAGAAUGAAGGCGUAGAGUAUCAAGUCAAAGCUGCCAAGUUUGCUAGCGUGUCUUCACUUACGCUCUACUUCCCUGGCAACACUUCUGAUGGGGACGAGGAGAUAUCUAGGGUGUACUAUAUCGGACUGAGAGGGUCUUUCAAGCCUUUGCCCGGACGCCCUGGCGUAAUUAUCUACGAGUCGGCUGCCAGACCACAAGAUCAUAAGGUGGGAGGGACUGUAUCGGAGAGCCAGGGCUGGACACCAGGGACAUAG